AACCCAAUCAACUGAUCCGUAUGGAGAAAGAAAGAAAUAGCACGGGUGGUGGUGGAGUGGUACUGAUAUGCUGCUUCCUUUGGCUGCAUGCGUUCAAUUAAUAUUGACUACGAUUUGAAGCCUUGGAUGAGAGUAGACGUAGCCAUUGAUAGAAUAAUAGAGUUUGGUUUGAAGCAGAGAGAAUUGGAGAAGAAGAAAGGAUGGAGGACGGUGAUGUGUCUAGGCAGAUUCAGCAGAUGGUGAGGUUCAUCCGUCAGGAGGCGGAGGAGAAAGCCAACGAGAUCUCUCUCUCUGCCGAGGAGGAGUUCAACAUUGAGAAAUUACAACUAAUGGAGGCUGAAAAGAAAAAGAUUCGACAGGAGUAUGAGCGGAAGUCGAAGCAGGUGGAGAUUCGUAAGAAAAUUGAAUACUCAAUGCAGUUGAAUGCAUCUCGUAUAGAAGUUCUUCAAGCACAAGAUGAUGUGGUGAGUUCUAUGAAAGAAUCUGCCAGCAAGGAACUUCUGCAUGUUUCUGAGGACAAGAAGACAUACAAAAACCUUCUCAAAGCUUUGAUUGCUCAGAGCUUACUACGGCUGAAGGAGCCAGCAGUAUUGCUGCGGUGCAGAGAGGUUGACCGCAGACUUGUUGAGUCUGUUUUGGAGGAAGCAAAACAAGAGUAUGCCGACAAGGCCAAAGUUAAAGCCCCUAAGGUUACCGUCAACAAUCAAGUGUACCUCCCACCACCACCAACACCGAGUGCAAUGGAUUCCCAUGAACCCUAUUGCUCGGGUGGGGUUGUCUUGGCUUCACAAGAUGGGAAGAUAGUCUGUGAGAACACCCUUGAUGCAAGGUUGGACGUCGUUUUCCGACAGAAAUUGCCUGAGAUCCGAAAGCGCCUUGUAGGAUAA